CUCUAGUCAGGAGACCCUAAACAUAUUGAUUACGUCAACAUGGCCUUAAAGGCCCUUAAAGUGUGUGUUCAAAUAGAGAACUUCUCCUGGUCCUCACUUCUCCAAAGCAGCUGUUUUUAAAGUUGGUUAAGCUUCAGAGGUGGGCAUUAAUGGACCAGUGUGCAGGAUUUAGGAGGCUCUAUUAACAGAAACGGAAUUUAAUAUUUAUAAUUGGGAUGCUAAUUUGGAGUUAUUUUCUGAAAGUUGGCCGACCUUUUGUUUGUCGAUUGCACAGCCACGAUGUUCUGCGCAUGCGAGGUUGUCAGCUGUGUGUCUGCCUGGCAUGCUCUUGUGUGUGUAGGACAUCUGAUUCAACCUGCUAGCCCUCAUUGAAACCAGUGGCAUUUGUCACGUAGCUCUCCGCUGUGAGUGCCGUCCAGCAGAGAGCCACGGGCAGAAAAAAAAGAGCAGCUUCAAAACACAACUUGCUAAGUAAACUAGCAGUUAAUAGAUUGUGUAGCCAUGUUUCUACAGUACAGACAAAACAAACACUGGCUUUUAAAAUUUUGACGUUCCCUGAAGGCCACCGUAGGUUUUUCUACACACUUGGAAAAGGAGGGGUAAGGGGUUUUCAGUUUGUUGCCAUCUGCAACCUCAUUGCUAUGCACUAAAUUCUGCACCCUGAAACUCUGUCCAUUGUCAAAGCUCACUGAAUGUGAGUGAGAUGUCAUCCAAGGCAUACAAACCUGUAUCUGUGUGUACACACAUGAAACUGCACGCCCAUCAAAAGCCAGAGGGAAGAGGAGGUUCGAAGGCGGUACACAGCAGCCCUUACAAAAGAAGACUGUGUGAAUUAGCUGCUGUGGUCCUAUAAGAAUGAAGUGCAUAGAGGAAGAGAGGGAUGUUAAUAAAGCCCAGUCAGCCAAUAAGAAUGGGAAGAAGGCAGACUCUGGGUCUAGCAGCGGCAGCUUCUUCAACUGGUUCAUUGUCCUGGCCCUGCUGGGUGUCUGGACAUCUGUAGCUGUGGUUUACUUUGACCUGGUCGACUAUCAGGGAGUCGUUGACAAGGCUAAGGGCUUACAAAUUAACCUGUCUGAGGCCUUGCAAGGUAAACUGGUGGCAUAUGAUACAGAUGGAGAUGGUGAUUUUGAUGUCGAGGAUGCUAAAGUUCUGCUAGGACUGAAAGAGAAGGCUGUUGUCGUCACUUCCCGUAAAGAAGCCGCUGCCCCAGUGGAGACUCCUGUCGCUGAACCUACACCAGAAGCUGUUAUUGAGCCUGAGCCUGAACCUUUGGAAGAUGUGAUUGAAGCUGCUGUAGCAGAGGACACUUUUGCACCUCCGCCAGAGGUAGCAGCUGAGCCUGAGGCGGAGCCAGAACCAGAGCCUGAGCCAGAGCCUGAACCCGAGCUCGUGGAGACUCCUGAGGUGAUUGAGGAGGAUCCAGAGGUGCUGGAGGAGGAGCCUCCUGCUGUGGAAGAGGAUGCCCCUGUGGAGGAGGCUGUUCCAGUCGAGGAGGUUGCAGAGAUGAUGGCAGACCAGUCUGGAGAGGAGGCAGCGGCUGAAGAGGAAACGGCAACAGAGCAGGCUGUGGAGGAGGAGGAGGAGGAGGAGGAGGCUGCUGCUGCAGAUGAGCCCGCGGAGGAAUUUGUAGCGGAGGUGGAGGCUGCAGUGGAGGAAGACGAGGAGACGGCGGAGGACAUUUUAGCAGAGGUGGAGGAUGCAUUGGAGGAAGUCGAGGAGGCUGCCGACGAGGCUGUGGAAGAACCUGCUGCAGUGGAGGAGACGGAGGAGGCUGCUGACAAGGUAGCGGAGGACAUUUUAGCAGAGGUGGAGGCUGCAUUGGAGGAAGUCGAGGAGGCUGUGGAAGAGCCUGCUGCAGUGGAGGAGAUGGAGGAGGCUGCUGCUGAAGAGGUGGCAUCGGAUGCUUAUACUGUAGAGGAAGAGGAAGCUGCUCCUACAGAAGAAGCUGUUGAGGAGCCCGCUGAAGAGGAGGCAGCACCUUCAGAAGAAACGGUCGAAGAGGUAGCGCAAGAAGAGGAGGCAGCACCUUCAGAGGAACCGGCUGAAGAGGAGGCAGCUCCAACAGAAGAAUCUGUGGAAGAGGAGGAGGCAGCACCUUCAGAAGAAGCUGUUGAGGAGUUAGCGCAAGGGGAGGAAGCAGCUACCUCAGAAGAGGCAGUGGAGGAGGCUGUAGAAGAGGAAGCCGCACCUUCAGAAGAAGCUGAGGAGGAGGAGGCAGCUCCCUCAGAAGAGGCAGUGGAGGAGGCUGUAGAAGAGGAAGCAGCACCUUCAGAAGAAGCUGAGGAGGAGGAGGCAGCUCCCUCAGAAGAGGCAGUGGAGGAGGUUGCAGAGACGGAGGCCACUCCAGAAGAAGUUGUAGUGGAGGAGCAAACGGUACCAGUAACCGAGACGGAAGAAGUAGCACACGAAGCAGAGGACGCAGCAGCAGAAGAAGCAGCUGAGGAACCGAUUCAGGAUGAGCCCACAGAAACGUAAAGGCUGCGGCGGUUGUCGUGGUGACGGAGCAGGGACCCAACUGACCUUGCAUCAGCACCAUCUGAGUGUGCUCAGAGCGAUGAUGCACCCCUCCACCUCCAGAGAAACAGUCGACAACACUCUCUCUCCCCAUCUGCCCCCCCGCCCUUUCCCCUCUCUGUUUUCCCAUCUUCCUUUUUCAAAUUUUUUUCUUUUGGUGUAAACGUGAGAUGAUGGAUAACUUGUUUACUAAUAUGGUACUCCCUGUUUUUACCCUUCUGUUUUUUUUUUCUUUCAAUCACUGUUCUCAAAGCGCCCGUUUCCAGUUUAGUUCAGGGUGCUGUAGUUCCGUGUGAAAGCCGUGAGUUCCCCUUAGAGCCGGUCUGCCGGAGUCUGGACCGUUAAACUGCUCUGGAACUUAGAUUUUGAAGUCUCGUGAUGGUCUGGCUUCCUGGAGCUCAAUUCUGUUAAGUAAACGGAGACCAAAGUUGACAGCCGAGUUGAAAUUGAUCUGCGUGCGACUUUCUCCACUCUGGGCUUUUCCCUCCUGAUUUAAAAAAAAA